CAAGCAAAGAGGAAAAGGACACAAGGUGAACAUGUUGCACAAGUUGAAGAAGGUGAUGAGGAUCCAAGUGAGGUUGGAUUAUGGAAGAAGAGAAGCACUAUGUUGGGUGUUGAAGGUGUGUCCAAAGACAACUUGAAAUCACGCCUUGACUUGGUCAAUAUGGGUAUUAGGCAUGAACUUCAUCCUAAGCCUACAGAAGAUGGCAGGACAUGCAUCCCAAUUGCUUGUUACUUGAUGUCUGAUGAUGAGAAGGAGUUAUUUUGCAAGGUUCUAAAUAACUUUAAGCUCACUGAUGGUUAUGCCUCAAAUAUUUCAAAUUAUGUGAAUGUAAUGGAGCAUAGACUUCAGGGUCUUAAGUCACACGAUUAUCAUAUCUUGAUGCAAGAUAUCCUUCCUGUAGCAUUAAGGAAAUCAUUGCCCAAACAUGUGACAAAAGUAAUUAUUGAGGUUUGUAAUGUUUUCAAAGGUAUAUGUUCUAAAGUACUAGAUGUUCAGCAACUAGAGGUAUUGAAAUCACAUGUAAUAUUAGCUCUUUGUCACUUGGAACAAAUUUUCCCUCCUUCAUUCUUCACAAUCAUGGUUCACUUGGUGAUUCAUAAUGAAGCCAAGGUUGCUGGUCCUAUCCCAUUCAGGUGGAUGUACCCAAUUGAGAGGUUAUUUGUGAAGGAAGUGAAGUCACGUAACAGAUCGCAACACCCAAAGGAGCAUGAAAUUAAUAAAAUGAAGAAUGAACAAUUUCAUUCAUGGUUUGCAGACCAUGUAUCCAAUUUGAAUGAGGGAGAUGUAUCCCCUAUGAUAAAGAUGCUUGCCGGUGGUCCAAAUAAUUAUGCCUCAAGGAAGGACAACUAUCCUGUUGAAGGUGAUGUUGAGCAUUACAGUGUUUUAGCGGAUGUAUUUAAGUCAGACUAUGAUGGUGGUAUCAAGGUUGUGUUAUUUAAAGGUGAUUGGGUAGAUGUUAGAACUAGGGGUCGAGGUAUUAAGAUAGAUGAGCUUGGUUUUACACUUGUGAACUUUAAACACUUGAUGUACGAAGGGGUGAGCAUAAGCCAUGCACCAUUUGUUAUUCCAUCUCAAGGGCAACCAAUAUUUUAUGUUCAAGAUCCUGAAGAUAAAGAUUGGCAUGUUGUCUUGAAAACAACACCAAGACAGGUGUUUGCUUUGGGUGACCAAAAUGAAGAUAAAGGAGGAGAAUCUAAUUAUGGCCAAAAUGAUAAUUUUUCAGGUUACAUUAUCAUGGGAAGAAGCAGGAAGAGGUUUGACACAAUCAUACUUUUGGCUGAGACAUCCAAUACUAGGCAAAAUGGGAGUGGUGAGAAUGCUAACAUAAAUGCUACUACAAACAGUCAAGAACCUACAGAUAAUAAUAGCAAUGGAGGUUCUUCUAUUAGAAGGAGAGGAAAAACAGUUCUUGAAGAUGUAUGGAGACUACCUGCUAACCAAAGACUUCGUGUUAGAGCAAAUAGAUUUGGACAGCCGGUGAAAGAUUCUACCAAAACAUUUACUAACUACAUUGGAGUAGAAUUGAAGAAGCUGCAGAGAAUUGAAGAAGCUACAAAACGAAGCAGGGCCUACCAAAAGAUUACCCACACCUCAGGCAGCAAAAGUUUUGUAAGGGUGGAAGAUGAACUGAAUGAGGCAGCCGGAAGCAAUGUAGGAAGAAUUAAAGUCUAUGAAGUAACCCACACUCGUACGAAUGGGUCCUAUCUUGACCCUGAGAUUCCUGUUUUAUUGGAAAAGGCAAGAGCAAAAAAGGCUGAAAGGUCAGGAACACAGUCAACAGAUUCAUAUCAAGAAGAUUUGGAAAUUAUGUCUGAGGUAUUGGGAAAUGAGCGCCCUGGAAGAGUACGAGGCUUAGGGUUGGGACCAACCCCAACACGAGUGUUUAGUCCUAGAGUUUCCACAAUCCACACGGAUGAAGAAUUUGAGAAGCUGCAAAGAGAGGUGGUUGAACAACGAGGAAUGAUCCAAUCCCUUCACGAAAAGUUAGAUUUAUUGAUGCAACACAUGGCAAUGCCUCAAGAUGUAGCUACAAAUAGUACUCCUGGUCAUCGGCGAGUACCUUCUUCUCAUUCCCGCCAUGGUGGUCUAGUUCUUGACUAGUGCCUUUCAUCCUCAAGCUUUUAGGCUCAUAUUAGUAACUACUUACGUCUUGGGUAAAUAUGAAUGGAGGUUGUUUAUUUUGAAUUUGAAUGUUAAUAUUUUAAGUUGUCAUGAAUUUAGUUAACUGUAUGAUGUUAAUUUCAAUAAUAUAUGAUUGAUACUUUU